CAUUUUCUCGAUGAGGGUAACAGUGUAUUGGUACUGAUGAAUGAAGGUGGUGAGCAAACUGCCAACACAAAUAUCAAUUAUUUACUAGAACAAUACGAUAUCUCUUGCAAUAAUGAUUCUGUUAUUCGAACCAUUUUUUGCAAAUACUUGGAUCCCAAGGAAGCACUAGUUUCAAACGGUGUUCUGAAUCGUGCUCUCACCUUAAACGCUGGCAAAUCAACUCCUUCCAUCUUUUUGUCACAUUUUAGUGGCUUACAAUUCGUUUAUCCAUUUGGUGCCACUCUAAAUGUUGGUCGACGAUCAACAGCUGUGCUCUCGACAGGCACUGUUUGUUACCCAAACGACAGACCCGUUUGCGCAUUUCAUCAAACGGUAAACGAAAAUUAUGGAAAGCUCGUGGUAAUAGGCUCAGUUCAAAUUUUCACCGAUCAGUAUUUUGAUAAGGAGGAUAACAGCAAAAUAUGGGAUGUUGUUAUAAAGUUCGUGACGGAAGGUUUUACACUCAAUGAAAUUGAUAGCAAAGAACCGAACUUGAUGGAGGCUCAUCCAAUACCAGAUCAUAUUUUUCUCUCAGAGAAGAUUAAAGUUUGCUUACAAGAAGGGGAAUAUGAAAUGAAUCAAAGUGGCGACUUCCUCAGUUUCUUCGAUAGUAGCCUUUUUUCAAUGGAUCUCAGCAUUUGGCCUAGAAUUAUCAGAGCUUUCGAUCAACUAGGCUUAAAGCAUGAACCCCUAUCACUUAUUGUGCCACAGUUUGAUACACCACAACCACCACUUGCCCCCGCCGUAUUUCAACCAAACUUUUGUGAGCUUCCACCACCUCGUCUCGAGCUUUUCGAUCUUGAUGAUAUGUUUUCAUCAAAAGAAAUCCGACUUGCUCAACUAACUAAUAAAUGUGCAGAAAGUGACUUGGAGUACUUCCUGAAAGCAGCAAGUGAAAUCUAUAACAUUACCGAAAGCUUGCCAUUAAAUGACAGAGGUCCAAAGAAGGUGCUUGAAUUCGUGGUCUGUCAAUUAGCUGAGUUUAAAAAACUAAAUCAGGUUGCUUUUACAGACCAGUUCUGCAAAUAG